AUGUCAGUCGUUACCACCUCGCCAUUUAGAGCUCGAGUCUCUUCCGCCAAUCCCUCAAAGAGCACCUCCAAUUCCAUCCGUGCUCCGCCACCGCCCUCCAAUUCCUCUAUAGAAGACCACUUCUUCUGGACAUACACUGAGGAGCCUCACCGUUCCCGGCGCCAAGCCAUUAUCAAAGCUCAUCCAGAGAUUACCAAGCUAUGUGGCAUUGAGCCCCUUACCAAAUAUGUCGUUCUCGGGGUCGUAUCACUACAGGUCACCUGUGCCUAUCUACUGCGAAAUAUGCCUUUUUUCUCCUGGCAGUUCCUCGUGACCAGCUAUGUUAUUGGCGCCACAGCGAACCAGAACCUCUUUCUUGCAAUCCACGAGAUAUCGCAUAACCUCGCCUUCAAAUCGCCAUUUGCAAACAGAUUACUAGCUAUAUUUGCAAACUUACCAAUUGGCAUACCAUACAGUGCCGCAUUCAGGCCCUACCACUUAACACACCACAAAUCUCUCGGUGUAGCCUCUCUUGACACUGAUCUUCCCACCGCUCUUGAAGCCUUCUUCCUCGACUCCGUCCUUGGAAAGGCCUUCUUCUGCACAUUCCAAAUCCUAUUCUACGCCCUGCGACCCAUGUUCAUCUACUCUCCGCCCUUCACAUCAAUUCAUUUACUCAACAUCAUAGUCCAAUUCACCUUCGACUUCUGCCUAUACAAACUCUGCGGCUCCUCCCCGCAACCCAUCUACUACCUAAUCCUCAGCUCAUUCCUCGCUGGCUCCCUCCAUCCCUGCGCCGGUCACUUUAUCGCAGAACAUUACUUCUUCUCCAAUGUCGGUUCAGGCACAGAAUCAAUCGCGGAACAGCGACGUAAGAAAGAUCUCAAAAAUCAGGGAAAGAAGGAGGAGGCGACAGCACCCUCCUCAGCUCUUGCAAACCUGCAGCCGCCAGAAACUUACUCGUACUAUGGGAUCCUGAACCUCCUAACCUACAAUGUCGGGUUGCACAACGAGCAUCACGAUUUUCCCGCCGUGCCUUGGACAAGGCUUCAUGCUGUGCACAAUAUUGCUAAGGAGUUUUAUGAACCGCUUCCCUCGCAUCGUAGCUGGGUCUGGGUCAUCUAUACAUUCAUUAUGGAUUCAAAUGUCGGGAUGUGGUGUCGCGUGAAGCGGGCUGAGGGCGGGAGAAUUGUUGGAGGAGGUGGCGGAAAUAGUAACACCGGUGGCGAGUGGAAGGAGUCUGAGAUCCAGAAUUGA